AUGUCUAUCCUGUCCAUGGUCGAGGACAGGCCCACGCCUAAAGAGGUCUACAACUGGAGGAUUUAUCUCUUAGCUGCCGUGGCCUCUUGCACUUCAUGUAUGAUCGGCUAUGACAGUGCCUUUAUCGGUACUACUAUCUCUCUUGAUUCGUUUAAAGAGGAGUUCCACUGGAGCUCCAUGUCCUCCUCCACUCAGAACAUGGUCAGUGCGAAUAUUGUCUCCUGCUACCAGGCGGGCGCCUUCUUUGGUGCCUUCUUUGCCUACCCCAUCGGUCAUUUCUGGGGCCGCAAGUGGGGUCUGAUGAUGUCGGCUCUGAUCUUCACUCUGGGGGCGGGUCUCAUGCUGGGUGCUAAUGGCGAACGCGGUCUGGGGUUGAUCUACGCUGGACGUGUGCUGGCGGGGUUGGGAGUAGGUGCUGGGUCUAACUUUACGCCGAUUUAUAUUUCUGAGCUGGCCCCACCUGCUAUUCGUGGUCGUUUGGUUGGUGUCUACGAGUUGGGAUGGCAGAUUGGUGGUCUGGUGGGCUUCUGGAUCAACUACGGAGUGGAGCAGACGUUGACUCCCAGCCACAAACAGUGGAUCAUCCCGUUUGCGGUCCAGCUGAUCCCAUCAGGCUUAUUGAUCAUUGGGAUUAUGAUGGUCAAGGAAUCCCCGCGAUGGCUGUUCCUGCGUGGCCGACGCGAGGAGGCUAUCCGUAACCUCUGCUGGAUCCGUCAGAUCCCUGAAGAUCACGUCUACAUGAUCGAGGAGAUUGGGGCUAUCGACCAGACUCUAGAGCACCAGCGGGCCACGAUCGGACUCGGCUUCUGGAAGCCUUUUGCGGCGGCCUGGACGAACAAGAAGAUCCUGUAUCGACUGUGGCUGGGUAGUAUGCUGUUCUUCUGGCAGAACGGAUCAGGCAUCAACGCUAUUAACUACUACAGCCCGACGGUGUUUAAGAGCAUCGGGCUGAAGGGUAACAGUUCCAGUUUGCUGACGACGGGCAUCUUCGGCGUGGUCAAGACAGUGGUGACCAUUGUCUGGCUGCUGUAUCUGAUCGACCGGGUGGGCCGCCGGCUGCUGCUGCUGAUCGGAGCGGCGGGAGGGUCCGUCUGCAUGUGGAUUGUGGGGGCGUACAUCAAGGUGGUUGAUCCGACGCAUAAUACCAGUGAUCACCUCAAUGGGGGUGGUGUUGCUGCUAUUUUCUUCUUUUAUCUGUGGACGGCGUUUUACACGCCAUCAUGGAACGGCACCCCAUGGGUGAUUAACGCGGAAAUGUUCGACCCGAAUGUGCGAUCGUUGGCACAGGCCUGCGCCGCCGGAUCCAACUGGCUCUGGAACUUUCUCAUCUCACGGUUCACGCCGCAAAUGUUCGAGGCCAUGGACUAUGGGGUGUAUUUCUUCUUUGCGAGUCUGAUGUUGCUGUCGAUUCCGUUUGUGUACUUUUUGAUUCCGGAGACCAAGGGAAUUCCCUUGGAGAACAUGGACCCGUUGUUCGAGACCAAGCCGGUGUGGCGGGCACAUGCGACAGUGUUGGCCCAGAUUCAUGAAGAUGAGGAACGGUUCCGCCACGACUUGGAAGAAAGUGGGUAUAUGAAGGGGGGAGUUGAGCAGGUAGAGACUGCCUAGCAUUAUGUAUAUGCUAUGCGUCAUGAGGAAUGAAUACCUUAUUCCAAGGCUCGACUUGGCAAACUCGAAAGUUAAAG